AUGAAGACUACAAUCUUUGUCACGCUUCUUUCUGCUGCUGCGUCUCUCGUCAGCGCUGGCAUCGUGGUUACACCUGUUUUCUUUGACCAGAUCGUUGAGAAGAUCUCUGGUGAUUGUCCCUUUGGUGUUGUUACGCCUCAGGGCUGCGGUCGUCAGCGUGGUUAG